CCACUUGAUUGGUGGGGGAAAAGUGAAAUUAGGACUCGCCUUUGUCUUUUUGCUCAUCUGGGUCUUGAGUUUCUGAAGAAAAAACGCAGCUUCUUCUAUGCAAUUUGGUUGUGGAAAACCCUAGAUAGAAAAAGGGGGUGCAUUGAGGAGUUUGAGUUGUUAGGUUGGCAUGAUCCAACGGGAUUAUCAAUUAUUAAGGAAAUAUUGAAUCAUUAUUCAUUGGUAAGAAAUGCGUUAUCCUUUCUAGCGGGAAGAAACGGUUGGAGUGUUGUGACACUGCCAACAAUGGUGUUGGCGUAUGCUGCUACGCUUUCUUCCACUCUGUCGUUUCAAAAGUCUGUUCCUUUGAAUUCUCAACGUUCAGGAACAUCAUUUGGUUCCUCUUUCCUAUUCAGCAGAGAGAAUGGUUCAGUUGUUCCGUCUCUUGUUGUGUGUCAUGCUAAGAAGAAACUCAGUUUUAUGGAGCAAAUUCUGGAUUACAUUGAAGGGGGUCCCAAAUUAAGGAAGUGGUAUGGUGCACCUGAUAUCCUUGAAAAAGAUGGUACUGCCAUAGAAGAUGAUGAGGAUGAUUAUCCAGAAGAUGAAGUGAGGGAUGCAGUGCUGGUAACAGAUGGAGAUAGUGAGACGGGUCAGAUGGUGAUAUUGUCAUUGAUUGUGAAAAAAGCUCGAGUAAAGACAUUGGUGAAGGAUAAAAGGGUUGCACUUGAAGCCUUUGGAAGUUAUGUUGAGUCAAUGGCAGGAGAUACAAGUGACAAACGAUUCCUCAAGAAAGCCCUGAGAGGAGUUCGCACAAUCAUAUGCCCAAAUGAGGGUUUUCUUUCUAGCGUUGGUAGCCUUCAAGGGGUACAACAUGUAAUCGUCUUAUCUCAGUUGUCAGUUUAUGGUGGUAAAAGUGGCUUUCAAUCCAUGAUGAAAAGCAAUGCAAAGAAACUGGCCGAGCAAGAUGAAUCAGUAUUGAAGACAUCAGGAAUUCCUUACACCAUAAUUAGGACCGGUGCAUUACUAGAUGCACCUGGUGGGAAGCGAGGCUUUACCUUUGAUGAGGGUUGUGCAGCUAGAGGAAGUAUUAGCAAAGAAGAUGCUGCCUUUGUUUGUGUAGCAGCUUUGGAUUGUGUCCCACAAACUGGAUUCAUAUUUGAGGUGGCCAAUGGGGAUAACAAAGUUUCAGAUUGGAAAGAAUGUUUGGCCACAUUGAUGGAGGAAACAAGUCAAAAACUUCAGUGACUGUUGACAGGGAAUGUGUAUCCCCAUUGAAUUCUUUAUGUGCAGAAUGUAUACCCAAUGAGGAAGGAAAGCCUUGUGCUUUUCCUUACCUUAAAGUGAUCAAAAUUGUUGCUUUCAGGCUGUAACCGCAUAUUUUGAUAACCAUUGUUGAUUAAAAGGCAAGAAAUUCAUGCUUUCUCUAAUAGUAAGUGCUUUCAUCCUAUUGGGCCCCUUAGCUAGUAGAUUUAAGAUAAGUAAGCACAUGCAUGAUAUAUGAGUUUGUAUUUAUUAAUAACAUUAUUUUUACA